CAAGGCGCUGUGGGUGCUGGGCUUGGGUGAGUGGGGGAGUACGCCGGGCGAACGGAAAUUCCCGUAUUUUUGGGGACCCGCUAUAUCUUUAAGCAAACCACCCAGAAGGCAGGAUGGCAUACUAUGGAGGCUAUCUGUACUCCGCAGGAGGGCUGUACCUCUUUGUGCUUAUUGUCAUUGCAUUAUACUACACCCUCACCGGCCAAGGCGAGCGAAUUGACUUUGGAUGGUUCCUGACCAACACGUCGCCGUACAUGUGGGCGGCCACCGGCGUGGGCCUGGCGGUGUCGCUGUCGGUGGUCGGUGGCGCCCUCGGCAUCUUCACGACGGGCGUGUCCGUGAUGGGCGCCGGCGUUCGUGCACCUCGCAUCAAGACCAAAAACUUGGUCUCCAUCAUCUUCUGCGAGGCCGUUGCCAUCUACGGCCUGAUCGUGGCCAUCGUACUGUCGGGCAUGAUCUCGAAAUACAAUCUGAAUAAGGUUGCCGAAAAUGGGGACAUCCUGGUGAACAACCUGUACUCAUCUCAGCUAAUCUUCUGGUCGGGAGUCACCGUCGGCUUCGUCAACCUAGCCUGCGGCAUCUGUGUCGGCACCGUCGGGUCGGGCGCGGCGCUGGCCGACGCCGCCGAAGCCUCGCUCUUCGUCCGCAUCCUGAUCGUGGAGAUCUUCGGCUCGGCCAUCGGCCUGUUCGGCCUGAUCGUCGGCAUCCUACAGGUAUCACAGGUGAAAAUGGGCGACCAGGCCGUCUAGGUGACUGACAUCGCGCUCCUCCGGAGCCCUGCUGAUGCGGCCGGCCACUGGCAGAGGCCCGCCGACGGACUCUGCGGCGCCAGCCGGCCCGCCCCGCCCCCAGUCAGCGCCGGUCCCCGCCGGCCAGGGUGGGCCGCGGCCCGCCUGGCCUGCCGAGCCCGGAUCAGUGUGCUAUCUCCGGCCGGUCCGGUCGCCGCGCGCCCUGUAGUGAAGGCUAGCUAUGUCGUGAUUUGAGCGCGCAGCAGGGUGUCGCGUCAUGGGGACGGGGGUCCGCGAGGUGUUCGUGUCGUCAGGCUGGUGUAUAUAUGUACAUGUGUAAAGGUCGAAAGGUGUGUAAUCAAUGUUCGUGUCAUAUUUGAUUUAUCUGCCGCGUAUGGAUGUACACUGAACAUUCCGCAUUGGCUUCUCUCCAGUAGUCUGUCGUACGCGAACCGGUAGAACGCCAGUGCUAACAAUGCCCGCUUGUAUUUGAACAACGUAACGUUUGAAUAAAUCGGCAUCGCACGA